AUGUCCUCCUCGUCGAGAGCGCUUCGACGCGUCGGGUCGCUGGCGUCGCGGGCGUUGGGGCCCGUGUCAUCGACACCAGCGUGGACUGGCGACGUCGGGUACUGGCGCGGGGUGGCCGCGAGAAAUGUCAUCUGGGCUCGAUCCGACGCGGCGAGCGCAUCGCGGGCGUGGACGCGCGGGUUCGGAGGCUUCGCGUCCGAAGUCACCGCACACGGGCGUGCCACGCGACUGGACCGGCGCGAACACCUCGCCUCGCGCCUCAGGGGGCUCGCGUCGGGGUCCCCCGCGCGGCGUUCCCCGACGCGGUUGGGGGACAUCCGCAGACUGUCCACCGAAUCCCGCGCGCUCCUCGCCGCAGCCGGGAAGGGCGGGGAGGACUCGAAGCCCCCGGAGGUUUCGUCCAAGGCGGCCGCGGCUGUUAAGAAGGCUGUCGCGGAUACGGAGAAGGACAUAGACCUCAAAAUCCUCCGCACCCUCCUCCCGUACGUGUGGCCAAAGGACAACCCCGAGCAUCGCACCAGGGUCGUGGGAGCCCUCUCCCUCCUGGUCGCGUCCAAGUUCCUCAACGUCGGGACACCCUUCAUGUUCAAAUAUGCGGUGGACGCGUUGGCGAUCGCGGGCGCGGGUGCGGCGACCGGGCCGGAGGCUGUCGCGGCUCUCCCCGCGGCUGUCAUCGGUCUCACCCCCGCGGCCAUGCUGGGUGGGUACGGCGUGGCCCGCGCGGGUGCCAACUUUUGCAAAGAGCUCCAAAACUCAGUCUUCUCCAAGGUGGCGCAGGCGUCCAUCCGGGGCGUGGCGCUGCGGGUGUUCGACCACCUGCACAACCUGGACCUGCAGUGGCACAUGUCCAGGCAGACCGGGGCGGUGACGCGGACCAUCGAGCGAGGGACUCGAGGUAUCCAAUUCAUCCUCAACUCCAUGGUGUUCAACGUGGCGCCCACCGCGUUUGAGAUUGGGCUGGUGUCCUACAUCCUUGGAACCAGGCUCGGGCCCGAGUUUGCGGUGCUCACCGUGGGAACCAUCGGGGCGUACGGGGCAUUCACCGUGGGGGUGACGCAGUGGCGCACCCAGUUCCGCAAGGAGAUGAACAAAAUGGACAACGAGGCUGGAAACAGGAGCAUGGAUUCGCUCCUAAACUACGAGACCGUGAAGUACUUCAACAACGAGGCGCACGAGAACAACAGAUACGACGAGUGCCUCAGGGGAUACGAGAAGGCGGCGAUAAAGACUCAGACCUCACUCUCCGCGCUCAACUUUGGCCAGAACGCCAUAUUCUCGGCGUCCCUCUCGGCGGCCAUGCUCCUGUGCGCGGGCGGCGUCGCGCGAGGGGAGCUCACCGUCGGCGACCUGGUCAUGGUCAACGGCUUGCUGUUCCAACUCUCCGUGCCCCUCAACUUCUUCGGCACGGUUUACAGGGAGACCAGGCAGUCUUUGAUCGACAUGACCUCCAUAUUCAAGCUCCUGGAGCAGUCAGCGGACGUGGUGGACAAGCCCGGCGCGCCCCCGCUGGUGGUCCCGCCCGGGGGUUUGGACAUUGAGUUUUCCGACGUCGGGUUUGGGUACGGCGGCGGUUCAAAGGCGGGGCGAGCGGAUAUCCUGCACGGGCUCUCUUUCAAGGUGCCCGCGGGUAGCUCCCUGGCGCUCGUCGGCGCGAGUGGCAGCGGCAAGAGCACGGUGCUCAGGCUGCUCUAUCGCCUGUACGACGUUCAGUCCGGUUCGGUGAAGCUGGGGGGCCAGGACACCCGGGAGGUUCAGGCCAGGUCGCUGCGCCGCGAGAUCGGGGUUGUGCCCCAAGACACCGUGCUGUUCAACGACACGAUCUACUACAACAUCGCGUACGGAAAGGAGGGCGGAGAAGGUGAGGUCACCGAGGCUCAGGUGCACGAGGCGGCGCGCGCGGCGGCGAUUCACGAUCCGGUUAUGACCAUGAAGGACGGGUACCAGACCAAGGUUGGGGAGCGAGGGCUGAAGCUGAGCGGCGGGGAGAAGCAGCGGGUUGCCCUCGCGAGGGCGUUUCUGAAGGGUGCCGGGGUCGUGCUCAUGGACGAGGCUACUUCUGCCCUGGACACCAAGACGGAGGCUGGUAUCAUGGACACCCUGGACAACCUCAUGAGCGGGAGGACCACCAUCCUCAUAGCGCACAGGCUGUCCACCGCGAUGCACUGUGAUAAGAUUGCCGUUCUUGAGGGUGGGAAAAUCGUGGAGCAGGGGAGCCACCAUGAACUCCUCGCGAAGGGUGGCAAGUAUAAGGAGAUGUGGGACGCGCAGGCGCACGGCGCGAGGGGCGGGGGGGACGAGCCGGACAACGAGAUCGACACGAGUGCGGACGUGGUUCUCAAGUGAGCAGUUGACAGGUUUCAGUUUUGUAACAACGUUUUGAUUC